AUGGGCGCGGGAAUGUCAUGGUUGACCAACUUGGUCUGGGCAAAGAAGGAGAUUAGAAUCUUGAUCCUGGGCUUGGACAAUGCUGGCAAAACGACGCUUUUAUACAGAUUGAAGAUUGGAGAAGUUGUCACGACCAUACCGACGAUCGGGUUCAACGUCGAAUCAGUCACGUACAAGAAUCUCAACUUCAAUGUUUGGGAUCUGGGUGGUCAGACUAGCAUCAGACCAUACUGGCGGUGUUACUAUGCCAACACGGCUGCCGUCAUCUUCGUCGUCGACUCAACCGACAUCGACCGGUUACAGACGGCCGCAGAAGAGCUGUCGGCCAUGCUGAACGAGGAGGAGCUUAAGGACGCGGCGCUGCUGGUGUUUGCCAACAAGCAGGACCAGCCCGGCGCCAAGGGGGCGGGAGAAAUCUCAGAAGCGCUGCAGCUGGGCGAGCUGCGGGACAGGAAUUGGAGCAUCAUGGCGUGCUCGGCGGUCGAUGGCAGUGGCGUGAAUGAGGGCAUGGAUUGGCUAGUGAACAACCUGUCAAACCGUCUGUAG